AUGAGAAUUGGCGUGGCGUUGCUCACUCUGUUUUUACUAAUUAUUUAUUUAUUGAACGGCCUGACAUUCACUAUCGCAAUUGAGAUUGACACCAGCAAGCCUUCAAAAACCUGCACAUUUGAAAAUUUGAAUUAUAAUUUACCGGGCAAUGUAGUACCUCGAAAUUACGAAAUAAAGCUGGCAAUAACGAACAAGUAUGUCAUUGAAGGGGAGACCAUUAUAGUCGUUGAAAUAAUUAGAACAACCGCGAUGUUUGGUUUACACGCGGAAAACCUGAUAAUAGACUCCGAAACGAUCAAGCUUGUGCAGAAAGCAAAGGUCAACAACACCGACGUGGUGCACAUGCCGAUGGCAUAUAGUUAUUGCAAAGAAUUUCAGAUUUUGUUCCUGUCAUUCAUGCGGAAACUGCGUCCUGGGCAUUAUGUGCUAUACAUAAACUAUAAAGGUGUCAUAGAGGACAACCUAGACCUCGGCUGGACCAAAUACGUGACCAAGGAAGAAGACGCGAAAUAUCCACGUGGCUUACAACAGUGGGAGCUUUUAUCAUUAUUAAAAUUCUGUCUUGGAAAUGCGACUAGGUCAUUCAUAACGAUACUGGAACCGACCGGAGCUCGACGCGUGUUUCCAUGCUGGGAUGAGCCGCGGUUCAAAGCAACCUUCAACAUCUCUGUCAUACAUCCGCCUGGAAUGCAGGUCUCUUCAAAUAUGCCGCAGCAGACGAAAAAGGUAGUGCAGGGUCACCAAAUACAGAAGACCUUUAUGCCCACACCCGUCAUGUGCACUUAUCUCGUGACAAUCGUCAUUUUCGAAUAUCUCGACGAAUCCUUGCCAGAUGGCGAAGAGUGGUUCAACUUGCACGUGAAUGACGAAACGCGAAAACUCGUGCAAGAAAUCGUUACGAAGAUCGACAGUUACUUAAUGUCAUAUACGCAGAGCACGUGGGGAAGACCAACCAAAAUCGUUGUAUAUCCGAAUCUCCCGAGGAAAGCCGUGGGAGGUUGGGGAUUCGCAGUUUUCAGAGAAAGUGAUCUUCUAUACGAGCGAAAUAUUAAUUGUCCCGGUUUUUUAAUCAAUCUAUGGAUGACAUUAACACAUGGAAUUACACAACAGUAUAUCGAAAGUUUUGUCAGCCCAACUCGAUGGUCUCAUCUGUGGCUCAAUAGGGCACUCGAGCUGUACCUCAGUUACAAUAUCCUCGGAAAGCAUUUCGGCGAGGAACAAAUGAUGGACCUUUUUGUAGUGCAGGUUCUACAGCCUGCUCGGCAUAAUGAUAUCGCUUUCAAUGUACCACCUAUCAUACACGAAAAUGAUCCGUUUUACUCAACUCUCAUUUACAAAAAAGCAUCCGCCAUGAUAAGGCUGUUGGGAUAUAUCGUUACAAAGGGAGUGCUGCAGCAAGCCAUUCUCGAGUAUUUAUCGACAUAUACAUAUGGCUCCGCCACACCAAGUGAUUUCUUCAAGAUAGUAGAUAAUGAAACGUGUCGACAAACGAACAAAUGCCAUUUAAACACAACGAAAAUAAUGUCCAUCUGGCUGUCCCGAAGAUACUAUCCUACAUUGCUGGUUACACGAAAUGACACUGUCAAUAUGACAUACGUUAUGUAUCAUGAAACACGCUCCCCCAAUAAGACUGAAUGGCCAGAAACUUGUGUUAAGCAGAACGCAUUCUUUUUCGAUCAGAAUGUUCUUAUAUGGUGGCUGAUUAACAAUUCGUCGCGGACCUAUAAUUCUUGUCUAGCAUUAAUUUCGCGCGAUCCAAACGACAUAAUAUUCAGCGUACAACAAUACGGCUACUAUCGCGUGAACUACGAUAGUAGGACUUGGUUGAAGAUCGCGCAUUUCCUAGAUUACAACGAUCAUAAGGACAUAUAUGUUUCGAAUCGAGCUCAGAUCCUCGAUGAUGCGUAUCAUUUGGUGAUGGAAGACAAAAUGAAUAUGUCAACCUACGUGUCCUUGACUACGUUCUUAAGGAAAGAGACUGAUUUUACGGUGUGGCAUUCUAUGAUGAACGUCUUGCAGUAUAUGUCACCUUUCUUUAAAUUUCCAGAAAGUGAAUAUUUCAGGAAACACAUGCUGAAAGUAAUCUUUAAUGUUCUGUCGAGGAUCAGACGUAACGAAGAUGAUAAUGACAACGCUUCGUUGAAAGCUACGCGGUUAUUACUCUUGGAUUGGUCUUGUAAACAUGGCAGUAACUCUUGCAGACAGCUCGCCAACGUUAAACUGGGCGCAUACUUCGUCGAUCCCAAGCAAUAUCCAAUCUUACCGUGGUGGAAGGACUGGACGUAUUGCGCGGGCUUAAUGCAAACGAGCCACAAGAUUUGGAAUAACGUGCAGGAUGAGAUCUCGUACAAAUAUGAUGAUCCAAAAAUGAUGCAAUACCUGGCCUGUAACGAAAACGAUAACAUGCUCAAGGAACUUUUGGUUUCGACCACGUUCCGGCAAAAUAAAUGGGCACGUUUGAAAGACUCGCAGCUUAAGGAUUUAUAUCAUACCAUUGUGAAGAAGCACGCGAGAAUGGAUAGCAUACUUGAUUUUAUCAUAGAAAACUUCAAUGUUAUAAAGCUAGGUUAUAUGAGUAAACUCGAGAAAUUGGCUAACAUGAUAAUGAGCGUGUAUUCCGAGCACCAACUUUACAAGAGGUUCAAAUUGCUCACCGAGCAUUCUGUGUCUUUAACGACACAGAGUCCUGACGAUUUGAAAAG